AUGGGGGCUAGUUUGGAUGAAUUAGCUUCUACUUUAAUUCUCGAAAAUUUUUACAAUCUUAAGAAAGAAUUUUCAAGUUUGCACGAUAGUGAGUUUGAGCUGCUAACUAGAAAGGGUACUUUUUGUUAUGAUUAUAUGACUGACCUGGACAAGUUAAACGAUACAGCACUACCAUCAAUCAAUGAAUUUCAUAAUAAAUUAACCAACUCACACAUUGAUGCUGAAACCUACCAUCAUGCUCAAACCGUUUGGAAAACAUUCAAGAUAAAAUCGUUAGGUGAAUAUAGUGAUCUUUACAUGAAAACAGAUAUACUUUUGCUCGCUGACGUAAUGGAGAAUUUUCGGAAAACAGCUUUAGAGACAUACAAACUCGAUCCGGCAUGGUACUACACUAUGCCCGGUUACACCUGGGACUGUAUGCUAAAGUAUACUAAAUGUAAACUACAGAUACUUAAAGAUAUUGAUAUGGUUAUGUUUGUGGAACGGGGUAUACGUGGGGGAAUCAGUUGCUGCAUGCAUAGACUAUCUGAAGCUAAUAAUCCCCAAAUGGAUAAUUUCGACACAUCAAAACCCGAGUCAUAUUUACUUUAUCUUGAUGUAAAUAAUUUAUAUGGAUGGGCGAUGAGUCAAUAUUUACCAUUUGGAGAUUUUGAAUGGUGCGAUACGUCUGUUGAUGUGAGCAUUGUUCCUGAUGAUGGUCCAGAAGGAUACAUCCUUCAGGUGGAUCUGGAAUAUCCGCAACAUCUGCAUGAUCUACAUAAAGAUCUACCACUGUGUCCGGAGCACAGCGUCCCUCCUGGUUCAAAGUUGCCAAAAUUACUAUGCACACUCUCCGAUAAAAAAGAUUACAUUAUUCAUUAUCGCAAUUUGAAGACAGUGUUAGAAUUGGGGUUGAGAUUGAUAAAGAUUAAAAAAGUUUUGAAAUUUAAACAAUCUCCUUGGCUGAAACCCUAUAUCGAUCUCAAUACAGAACUACGAGCAAAGGCAACAACCAAAUUUGGUAAAAAUCAAUUUAAAUUUGCAAAUAACGCCAUUUUUGGUAAAACUAUGGAAAAUAUUCGACUACACAGGGUAGUUCGUCUGGUAAAUCGCUAUGAAGGUCGUUUCGGAGCCAAAAAUCUGAUAGCAUCGCCAAGAUUCCAUAGUCGUACUGUUUUCGGUGAGGAUUUAAUGGCGAUCGAACUCAAAAAGAAUGAGCUUUUGUUCAAUAAACCUCUAUAUAUAGGUAUGGCUAUUCUUGAUAUUUCAAAGGUGUGUAUGUAUAAUUUUCACUAUAAGUAUAUGCUACCUAAAAAUCCUGAUGGUUGUAAGAUUAUGUAUAUUGAUACCGACUCAUUUUUUUAUGAAAUUAGAGGUUGUAACCCAUACGAACUCAUUAAAAUGGAUUGUUAUACACACUUUGAUACUAGUGAUUACCCUAAAACCAAUGCUUUCAACAUUCCAUUGGUGAAUAAAAAGGUACCAGGUUUAAUGAAAGAUGAAGUGAAUGGUGAAAUUAUCACACAUUUUGCGGGUUUAAGAUCUAAAAUGUAUGCUUUCAAGGUUCAAGGGGGAAAAAUCACAAAAAAAUCAAAGGGUGUGAAAAAUUAUGUUGUCAAAAACCACUUGACUUUUGAUGAUUAUGUGAAAUGUCUCAAAGAAAAUGAAAAACUGGUUUUACCCCAAAAUACAAUCGGCUCCUUUGCACAUGACAUCUAUUCAAUUCAGCAAUCGAAAAUAGUAUUGAGUGCACAAGACGACAAACGCUACUUAAUUCCUUCAUCUUUUGAUACGUUACCUUGGGGUCAUUAUUCACUACAACCACACACAUCAUCACUACUAUUUUGA